UGCAUGCUGAGCAUCGAGCUGGCUCUGGCGUCUCAGGCCAUUCAGACAGCAAUUCGACGCGUGCAGUAGCCGCACGGCUCUGGUUUUAAGGUGUCGUCUUAAUUUCAGAUCGAUACGUGCGCUAGAUCACACAACACAUUUGCCCACACCAGCUCAUUUGCAACAAACAAAAGCCAUGCGACGACACGCCGCACUGCUGUGCGCCGCCGUCGCGACGCACGCCUUCGCGCCGCCGACGCACAACCACUUCCUACAAAAACAACAGCAACCAACGCGCGUCGCGCCGCUCGCGCUCGGGGGCAAGGAAGGCGAGGGCCUCGGCGACGUUUUGAGGAAGUACGGCGUCGUUGCUUUAGUGUUCCACUUUAGCGUCUGGCUGACGACGCUGAGCGCGAGCGUCGCGGCGCUGAGUGUCUACGACACAAGUACGCUCCUCGAAGCGCUGCCGGAGCCGCUGAGGGGCCAGAUCCCAAUAUCGAGCGGCGCGGCGACGCUGCCCGUCGCCUUGGCGCUGUGCGAGGUCGUCGGGCCGGCACGGUUGGCGCUGACCGUGGCCGCGACGCCGGCCGUCGCCAGCACUCUGCGAAGCAACGCGCGCUUCGUCGAGCUCGAGGACUCCGUAAACGAGCGGCUCCUGGAGCUGCUGCCCGGUGGUGGGUCCGAUUAAUUUUCUGUGAUGUC